CAUCCUUGUUGCGAAGGAGAGGUAGCUGUUGGGUCCCACUUGUGAUGCAAUCGUGUUCUCCACAGUGGAAAACGGCGAUCCCUUCUCGCUCGGCCCCGCCCUAUUCUCGCCGACUCGCUGUCCCGCAGGAAGAGAGAGAGAGAGAGAGAGAGAGAGAGGGAGAAGGGAGAGAAAAGAGAUGUCGUCUUCAUAGCUGAGUUCUCGCUUCUCAGCUCUGCAAAGUAUUCUCAUUUCGAUUUGAGUGGAAGAUUUCUCAGCAAGCUGUGUCUGUCUCCAUCUCUCCGCCUUUUCCUCAUUUAUUCCUCUUUUAUUUAUUCUUUUUUCUUCUUUUACGGUGGAAAAGACGAGAUCGGUGCCGAAAAGCUGCAAAUCAAUCCUCUCUUUCUUCUUUUUCUCUAUCGAUCUCGGGUCAGAUUCCACUUUCGAUGCUUUUUCUCCACCUAUAUGUGUCGUUUUCCUCCAGUUUCAAUUGAUAUUUGAUCAUAUAAUUCUCCUUUUGUAAUCCAAUAAUUUCUUCGUCUGUGCAAUAAUUCAAUUAUUUCUCUCCUUUUGGGGCAAUUGUUGAUCCUCUUUAAGGCGUGAUUCCUUCCUUCUGAUGUUUUAUUUCGCAUAUCUGUUUCGACCUGAGAAUUUUUCUUCAAAACCUCCCUUUUUGUAUUCAAUUUCCUGUAUAUUUCUUCCUUCCGGUGUUUUUUUUAUAUGCUGUUUUAACUGCCUAAGAUUUCGCCUCAAAAUUUGAUAUUGGAAGUUUAGUAUCACCUGAGGUGUAUUUCGUAUGUUUUUAACGAUACAUGUUUGAUCCAACUCUGUAAAAUUUUCCGAUUUCAAGUGAAGUGGAGGCUAGGUUUCUGAUUGUUGUUGAAAGAGCGGAAAGUUCAUUACACGGAUGGCAGAUCUGGAUCGGUCAGUUAUCGAAGAAUUGCCCUCUCAUUUGAUUUUAGAGAUUUUGACUUCGGGUCGGUUGAGCGCGGCCGAUCUCGCCUGUUUAGAGCAGACUUGUCGGAUUUUUAGAGGGAAUCAAGAGUUUUUCCCCCACGAGUUCCGGUCUUUUGUUGAGUUUGCUGCUUUCCAGUUAUGUAGCGCCGAUAUCAUAUUUGGUUCUCUACCUUCAACUGCUCGGAAAGAACUUUUUAAUCGCUGCAGUGGAAUUUGGAAGCGUGUGCUGAGGUUCUUGCAGGCCGUGGGACACUCUUCCGACAUGGUCGAGACUGCAGCAGGCAAUAUGCAGAUUACCACAGGACGAUACCACACGCUGUUGGUCAGUGACUCAUCUGUAUACUGUUGUGGGUCCAAUCUAUGUGGAGUUCUUGGUCAAGGUCCUUAUACAACACAAUGUGUGGCAUUUAGCAGGAUCAAUUUCCCAUCUUCAUCGCAAGUAGUCCAUGUAUCAGCCUCCCACAAUCAUGCAGCUUUUGUUAUGCAGUCUGGAGAGGUCUUCACAUGUGGAGACAAUUCAUCAUUUUGUUGUGGCCAUGGAGAAGCCGGAGGUUCCAUUUUCAGGCCCAGGCUUGUUGAAGCAAUGAAAGGAGUUCCGUGCAAGCAGGUCGCCACAGGACUUAGUUUUACCGUGUUUCUCACCAGGAAAGGCCUUGUCUAUACUUGUGGGAUCAACACACAUGGCCAGCUUGGUCACGGUGACACUGUAGAUAGGCCCACACCCAAAAUUGUGGAGUUGCUUGAGGGCAUUGGUUGUGUAGUUCAGAUAGCUGCUGGUCCAAGUUACACUCUAGCUGUUAUUAGUGAUGGAACGGUCUACUCAUUUGGCUCUGCCUCUAAUUUCUGUCUUGGUCAUGGAGAACAACGUAACAAGCUCCAACCACGUGCCAUCCAAUCAUUUAAGAGGAAGGGUAUUCAUGUAGUUCGUGUCUCUGCUGGGGAUGAACAUGUGGUGGCACUUGAUUCCAGUGGCCUUGUAUACACAUGGGGCAAAGGUUAUUGUGGUGCAUUGGGUCAUGGAGAUGAGAUUGACAAGCCAACUCCAGAGCUGUUGAGAAAUCUUAAGGACUACCUUGCUGUACAGGUCUUUGCGAGAAAGAGGAAAUCCUUUGUUCUCGUGGACAACGGUUCUGUGUUUGGUUUUGGGUGGAUGGCCUUUGGGAGCUUAGGGUUUGCUGACAGAGGAGCCUCGGAUAAAGUUAUGAAGCCCCGAGUCCUUGAUAGCUUGAGAGCCCACCACAUUUCUCAAAUAAGCACGGGGUUGUACCACACUGUUUUAGUCACCAGUAGGGGCCUCGUUUUUGGAUUUGGGGACAAUGAAAGGGCACAACUUGGUCAUGAUUCAUUGAGAGGAUGCCUCAGACCAACUGAGAUCAUCAUUGAGGAAGCAAAGACAGCCCUUGUCACAGAAAGCAUCUGAAACAUGACCAGCAACCUGUACGGCAUGAAGAUUCGUAGUUUAUUAGUUCACAAGGAGCUGCAGCUCGUUUAGCAUCUCAGGGUAAGUUUCAGAUAAAGUUCCUAAAAUCAGUAAUAUUCACUCCAUUGAUGAACCAUGUGAAAUGGUGGUAUGAUAUAAACAACAAUAGAGGAUAUGGGAUUAUCUGCUAAUGUUGUUUGAGUACACGGUUCUCAUGUGUGUGUGUGUGUGUGUGUGUAAGAGAGAGAGAAUUUAUGCUGAGAAUGAUUCUCUAUGAUGCAACUCCUAAAUUCUCUUGAUUAUUUUUUUAUUAUAAUAUUGUCAUUUAGGCCCCCUUCUUCCA